UUCUUUACAGAAAGAAGGUGAUCCUGCUCCAGUGACUUGCUGCUUCUGCCAGUGACAAGGUGGUGGUGAGAAUCCUGGAGGGCAGCUUCUCUCACUGAUAAUAAUAACAGCGGCUGUUGCACCAGUAACAAGCUGAGGUUGCAGCUUCCCAGCUAUUGGCUCUGUGGCCCUCAGGAUUUUAAUGUGGGGUGUGAGCAGCCUGGGGCCUGCACACUCGGGUUAGGUUGCAUGGCUUUUUGUAGAAGUGAGUGUGUGUAUGUGUCUGUGUGGGGGGGUGUGGACAGAAAUGGUAGGAUUCCACCUGUGAGUGAGGGACAGAAAUGGAGCCUUGGGGAAAACAUACAGUUGUGUCCCAGACAGAAAGAGUAUCAGAAAAAGAGAGCAGAGCCGUUGCUGUCAAGAGAGGCUGGAUCCUGGAUUCAGAGCCUACCAGACGGGGCUGGACCUCACCCUGCCUGAGUUGUGGCGGCUGGUGCCACACGGGCAGUGUCUUGGUGUGCGUGCAUAUGCCCAGGGUGGACUCUGUUAUGGGGUCAUUUCCUUCCAAAGGGAAGCCGCAGCCUCACUGGUCAUGGCCGCCUGAGCCUGGAUGUCCGUGUGGCAGAAACCAAGGAUGGGCAGGAGCCCACUUACACCAUCCCCAGGGCGUGCGGUCCACCCUGCUCUGCUCUGGAGGAAUCCAUUCUCAUGAGGACUCAGGGCUGCAAGAUGUACAAAAGGCCUGGAUUAAGGCACAUCUUACUCCCUGAAACUAAGUAGUGAAAGACUGCUACCCACAGCAGCACAGAGGAGAGGAAUUCAGACAGAGCCUGCCUGGCCCAAGGCGAGGUGGCAGCUCCCUGCUGUCCCGGGGAGCACAGACCCUGGGAGGAGGGUGAGUUCCAGCCCCACUGCAUCACUGCCCACUUGUGCUGCAGAGAACCCCAACUCCUAUUCCCGGAGGUGGGUGAAGAAACCUUAAGAAACCCGGGGCUGUCUUUACCAAGGCUCGGGCUCAGGGUUUCUCCAGAUGUUCCCGUUGUUGACAGCUGCUCAAGCAGGCUCGUCCCUGCACAUGGCAGAGACGAGCUCGUGUGGAAGAAGGACAAAACCAGAGAGCCAGGCUCCCCUUUCCCAUCGCAGGAAGCUGUCUUGGCCAUGUAACAUAUGCUUGCUGAGGGUGUUCUGUGUUACCCACCAAUGGAAGGAAAGAGUUUUAAGAGUUCUCAAAUAAGGGCACAUCCAGCAGCAAGGUUCUGGUUGGGGACUGGGCACUGGGGACCCCUGGGAGCUCAGUCACAACCCUGCAGAACCCGGUUCACAGAGGAGCGGGCGUGGUGGAAAGUUGAUGUGGGCACCCACAACCUUGUUGGGGAAUUGAAUGAGAAAUAAGGAGAGUGAACUAGAAAGUCCCCUGGAGAAAGCAGCAAAACUCAGAUGAACUUCUCUGAGUUCUCUUCUCAAAGAGAAGGGGGGAUUCCCAAAAUAAGGGGGAUUGUUAUCUCCUUAGGAAACGUAGAAGGGUGAAGGACAAGGGCAGAUCGAUUCUGUAAUGAUUAACAUAAGUGGGGCACCCAGCCCUGCAGUGACGUGCCCUUCUGUUAAUUGGCUCGAUGACAGCAUAAGACAAAGGAAUCCCACGUAGGAGACUCAGUCGGAGCCGAAAAGUCAGCUGCUCCUACAUCUGCGGAGAUGGCUGCGGGGCCACUGCUUCCCCUCCCGGCACUCACGGGGCUGCUGCUCUGCCUGUGUGCUGGGCUCUGGGCUGAGGGCGGGAAGGUGCUGGUGGUCCCCAUGGACGGCAGCCACUGGCUCAGCAUGCGGGAGGUUGUGGAGGAGCUCCACGCCAGGGGCCACCAAAUAGUGGUCCUUUCACCAGAGGUGACUUUGCACAUCAAGGAGGAAGACUUUUUCACCCUGAAAACCUACGCCACUUUGUACACCCAGGAAGAAUUUCAGGACAUCAUGCUGGGACAGAGCUACCUGAUUUUUGAAAGAAUGCAUUAUCUAAGAACAUUUUGGAAAACUGUGGAAAUGAUAAAAAAUAUGUCUCUCAUGUUUCAAAAGUCUUGUGAGGAGCUGGUGCAUAACAAGGACCUGAUCAGGCAAUUGAAUGCCAACGCCUUUGACGUGGUCUUGACGGACCCCCUCUACCCCUGCGGGGCAGUGCUGGCUCAGUACCUGUCCGUUCCUGCUGUGUUUUUUUUGCGUGCCCUUCCAUGUGACUUUGAUUCUGAGGGCACACAGUGCCCAAACCCUUCCUCAUAUAUUCCUAGGCUACUAACGAGGCUUUCAGACCACAUGACAUUCCUGCAAAGGGUCAAGAACAUGCUCUACCCUCUGGUCAUGAAGUAUGUUUGCCACAUUUCUUUAUCUCCUUAUGCAAGCCUGGCCUCUGAGCUUUUUCAGAGAGAGGUGUCACUGGUGGAUGUUUUCAGCUACGCAUCCCUGUGGCUGUUCAGAGGGGACUUUGUGUUUGACUACCCCAGGCCGGUCAUGCCCAACAUGGUCUUCAUUGGGGGCAUUAACUGCGCCCACAGGAAGCCACUGUCUCAGGAAUUCGAAGCCUACGUUAAUGCCUCUGGCGAACACGGAAUUGUGGUUUUCUCUUUGGGCUCCAUGAUCUCGGAGAUUCCAGAGAAGCAAGCUAAGGAAAUUGCUGAUGCUUUGGGCAAGAUACCUCAGACCGUCCUAUGGCGGUACACUGGAACCCGGCCACCCAACCUUUCGAAGAAUACAAUCCUGGUCAAGUGGCUGCCCCAAAAUGACCUGCUUGGCCACCCGAAGACGCGAGCCUUCAUCACACACUCUGGCUCCCAUGGUAUCUACGAAGGAAUAUGCAACGGCGUUCCGAUGGUGAUGCUGCCCUUGUUCGGGGACCAGAUGGACAAUGCGAAGCGCAUGGAGACCCGGGGGGCAGGUGUGACCUUGAACGUCCUGGAAAUGACCUCCGAAGAUUUAGCCAAUGCCCUCAAAACUGUCAUCAAUGACAAAAGCUACAAGGAAAACAUCAUGCAACUCUCCAGCCUUCACAAGGACCGCCCCAUCGAGCCCCUGGAUCUGGCUGUGUUCUGGGUGGAAUUCGUGAUGAGGCACAAGGGAGCGCCGCACCUGCGCCCUGCGGCCCACGACCUCACCUGGUACCAGUACCAUUCUUUGGACGUGAUUGGCUUCCUCUUGGCCAUUGUGCUAGGGGUGGUCUUCAUUGUCUACAAAUGUUGUGCCUUUGGCUGCAGCAAAUGUUUUGGGAAAAAACGGGUAGUUAAGAAAUCUCAGAAAUCCAAGGCGAACUGAGGAAUGCGCAGGGCGGGGGUGGGGGCCGGGGGGGGAAAUGAAGGGGCCGAAUCUGCAGAGUCUGUGUUAAAUUCAUGUUAUGCCCAUCGAAGAAGUACUUUGAUUCAUUAUGUUAGACACCCCAGAGUGUUUUUAAUAAAAAUAAUUUAAUUGAUAGUCACACCUGGAGGUAGAAAUGUUUGAAAAUGUUUUCUGCUCCACGCCCCCAGUACCUUUAAUUGGACCACACUUGCUACCUCUCAAAUGACUUGCCACCAGGGUGGGCGGGGCCCCGGUCACUCCGCCUCACUUCUCUCACUCAGAAGGGGGCCAGUUUGAGGGCCAAGGCUGCCCCUGCCACCGGUGACGGUCCUGACACCAUCUGCCCCUAAACACUGUUGUAAUCAAUUCCUUCAGUAAGAAUGGCCGCUCCCGAUUUAUUUCCAUGCUUCACAGAUGUCACUCUGUGUAUGUCACGAAGGAAACGUGUGUUCCUUUAACACCUGGUGCCGUGUACUUGAGUGAGUGACCGAUACAGCAUCCUUUGAGAGCAGUGCACGAUUUCUCUCUUUGGGGGAAAAGUACAAUGUCUAAAUGGGUGGGCAGUGUGUUUGAGAGGGUGCUUAUUGCUUGUGCCAAAUGCAUCUGACUUUGAUAAAAGCCCAAAGUAUAUUUUUCUCUGGUGUAAGUCUUCUACAAUUAAAAACAGAUCAAUAAAUUUGUAUGUCACAUUUCUUAAA